ACAACUUUAAGUUCUCUCUUUGUGGAUAAAUUAAAGUCCCAAUCUUGACUUUUGCAGACGAUAAAAUAUCCAGAUGACAUGUAGUAUUUACACACCUGUGAAGGGUCCCAUCAUCUCAAUAUAAAUGAUUGAGUCUUCUUGUGAACCCUGUCAAGCGUCAGCCGGCUGAAGAUGCCCUUCGCCGUGCCCUGGUGGUAUUUAAGGGGAGAGUGGAGCUCCUCUGUCCCAAUCUAAACUUAGCUCAGCCAGAACCGCUCCUCAUCAAAACGUGCUCCACAAAAGAUUACAAAAGGGAUCAAGUUAGACUUGACUGAGUCCGACUAUUUUGUGGCUGAGCCUCCUAAAACAAGGUGAGUGUAUACUAUGGAUCUCUUUUGGUGUUGCUGUCAAUCCAGUAACUUUUAUUAAUCUCAUGUGAUCGUUUAAUCUUGGAGCACGUUGAGAUGUGUCACUCAUUGCUCACUGCUGUGGCAUGAGGGGUAGACAGACUGACAUUCUUUCAGUUUCUCCUAACCUAUAAACAGAUCAAUGUCGAGCAUGGAUGACUCCUUAACAAAGCCUGAUGUGGUGCUUCUCUGUAUCAACUUGUUUGAUUUCUGCUCUGAGAUUUUGCAGGGUUUUUUUUGUCUUUCGUUGUCUGCACUCGUAUUCCUCUGUCACGACGGGCAACUAUAGCUCGGCACUCAUUCCUGACACAGAAGAGUUUGAAUCAAUUGUGUCUGUGGGGGAGAACUUGAGUCAGCAGGAAACAAUCAUGAUGGAGGAGAAAAUGCAGGAGAAACACUGUGAAGAUAUCAUGAACGCUUCAUCUCACCAAGAGACUCAGAAGACAAGGACAAACAGCUCUGCACUGAAGGCCACAGAACCUGGAAGCAUGUCCACGCAGUCUUUCUCCUCCCUGCUGCCAAAGGCUCUGUCAGCUGUGCUCCAUCCAGCUCUUCCACCAGGCCAGAACUCAGCUUCCCAUCCCAGCAGAAACCCAGAUAACCACUCACCAAACCUGGAACGAUUACAGACAGAGCUGAGAGACCUUCGAGACCAGAUAGAACAGAUGAAGAGCCAGCACAACAAAGAAAUUAAACUGUUAAUGAACGAGCUUGAUGAGGAGAAAAGGAUCCGCCUGACUUUGCAGAUGGAAAUUCAGCGAAUCAAGAAGCACAUGUCCAAAUAAACAAAAGGAAGCCAUCAAAGAAGAGAACUUAUGAAGUGAAGACAAAGAUUUUAUGAACUUACCUGAUGGAUGUUAGUUUUUAAACAAACUCCUACUUCUUUCUGGUGAUGAAGUAUCAGGUAAAGUGGAGAAAAAUGACAGCAGGUGGUUGGAAACUGGAUUAUUGACUGAGCUGACCAGAACAACUGUUUACUCCAUGAAUAUGAGGUGCAGCUGGAGCUGACUCUGCCUGAAAGGCUCCAACAAACCGUUUCCUCUUGAUAUGAACGUUGUAAAUCCUCAAGCCUAAUUAUUAAACUUCAGGCACAGUAGCAUCAAGGGACUUCUUUCAGGAUUUAAAAAAGAAAUCUCAAGCAAAGAAUGCAGCAAAAGCAUCUUUGUAGCACAGAGACAGAUGUAAACUUUUAUCAUAUCUAAGAGUUCAAUUUAAAGAAAAAAGCUGCAAGGCAAUUUAGUU